AUGUCGCCCAGUCUCCCCAAAACCUACAAGGCCGCCGUUGUUGAAGAGGCCAAUGGCAAGCUGAACGUCAAGGACGUCCCGCUCAAAGAGCCCCAGCAUGGUCAAAUCUUGGUCAAGGUCAAGGCUUGCGGUGUCUGCCACUCCGACGAGGUUGUGCGUACUGGCGGAUUUGGAAACCCGCCUAUCGUUCCCGGCCACGAGGUGAUUGGCAGCGUUGUUGCCCUUGGCCCCGACGAGAAGAAGUGGAAAGUUGGUGACCUUGUUGGCGGGCCCUGGCAUGGCGGUCAUGACGGUCUGUGCAGGCAAUGCAACCGCGGUCUCUUCCAGAUGUGUGACAACGAGGCCAUCAACGGAGUCACCCAGGACGGUGGAUACGCCGAGUACGUCCUUCUCCGCACUGAAGCUGCCGUCAGAAUCCCCGAAGGCAUCGACCCCGUGAAGGCUGCGCCCCUUCUCUGCGCUGGUGUUACAGUCUUCAAUGCUAUGAGAAACAUGAAGGUCACCGCUGGAGGUGUCGUCGCCAUUCAGGGCCUCGGAGGUCUGGGACAUUUGGCCGUUCAAUACUCCAGGAAAAUGGGCUACCGCACCGUCGCCCUCUCCCGGGACGGAAGCAAGAGGGAUUUUGCCACAAAGCUCGGUGCUACCGACUACGUCGACGGCAGCAAGGAGAACACUGCCGAGGCUCUGCAGAGGAUGGGCGGCGCUGACUUGGUUGUUGUGACCGCACCCAACCCCAGCAUCAUGGGUGAUCUGGUAAACGGCUGUGCCGCAGGCGGUCAGGUCGUGAUCCUUGCUCCCGUUGGCGAGAUCACCGUCAACACCAUCCCCAUGAUAUUGAAGGGAAUCAGCGUCCGUGGCUGGCCCUCCGGACAUGCCCUCGACUGCGAAGAAGCCAUUGCGUUUGCACAGACGCAUGGCGUAGAGUGCAUGGUGGAGCCAUUCCCUCUUAGCAAGGCGAAUGAGGCGAUGGAGCACAUGAUGAGUGGGAAGGUCAGGUUCAGAGCUGUGCUCACUAUGGAGUAG